UAAAACAGUUGUUAGAUCACGUUUACUAAUGUGUCGAAAUUCAGAAUCUCAGGGAUAUUCAUUUUUAAUUAUUUUGUUGACAAUAUUAUGUACAUUGCUUCUCGCUCUGAAUAUUCUAAUUAAAAGCUUUGUUUCGGAGGAAGAUCUGGUCGGAAAUAUUGGAAAUUUCAGGAAAUCUAUUGAGGAGUUCCCAUUUUUCUGUGAUGAUUUGUCACUGAGUGCUGAUGAGGAUUAUGACAUUUUUAAUGUAAAGAAAAAACUGUACAAAUAUUUCUUGUACAAAAAUAGAUACGUUUGCAGCUUUUGGAAUCUUACAGUACCUUUACGAAAGUUUGUGGAACGGCAAUCAAGACGGAGACUUGCUUCAGGACUAGAAGGAAAGAGAAAUUUACAAUGUGGCAACGAGAGUCUGAGAGAACCUUCAGGUUACCUGAGUGCCGCUUUCAGAAAAGUCUCACGGCACCAGACUUACGACGGCAAAGGACCAAAUCUCGUUCUUCACUGGGACAAACAUCCGAAGAAUUCAUUUAUUUCCGAAGAUCUUGUGUAUCAUAAAGGAGAAAUCAAAGUACCAGAGGGCCGAUUCUACUUUUUGUAUUCUUCUGUUUUAAUCAACUUAACCAAUGUCAUGAUCCAUUUCGGAAAAGCGUACAGGUUUAUUCUUCAAGUCUGUGUUAACAGUCGUGGUUAUGAGCGCACUGUUUUGUACAAAUCUCAAAGUUACCAACACAGUGGCAGCAAUUCGAUAUCAUCGUUGGCAGUUGCGGGACAUGUUUACGUUGCCAGCGGUGAUGUUGUUUACGUAAAAGUGUCCGAAGCAAGCCGAAUAAUAAUCAGUUCAGUUGGAAAUAUGUUUGGAAUGAUGCCACUUCGCUAAUAUGACGGACCAGCUCACUACAAAUAACAUUAUGUAAAAUUUAAUGUUAAAAUCUAACACAUAAAUCCCUGACCAGCCUCAAUAUUUGUACUUUUCCUAAUAAUAUUCAAGAGAACUUGUAUCAUAGGAGCAAAGAGACAAUGCAUUCUAUGUAUUGUUCACAUAAUUUUUGAGUAAUGCAUCAUUUUUCAAAUUUACUGCAAAAUCAUUUAAUAUCAAAUGGAAACAAAUAUGUGGUUUUGCCUUCAUUAAACUUUAAAUAUCAAUUUGUGAAUUUCCACUUAUCAAAGCAAAAGAAGCGAAACAACGAAAUCCGAGAAAAUUAGCCCCCCUAAUGGUUUCACAGUAGAUCUAUAUCACCUGCGUCAAAAUGCUAUUUGAUAUAUUUGUACCAUAAUGUUUUUUAUCUAAACUUCAGAGAAUCAGAGAAAAUGUGAAAUGUCAACGACAUUUUACAAUGUCCCCAUGGUUCCAGUCAUGUUCAAGAGAAAAACGACAACUGACACCAUUUGAAUAUAUUCGCAUAAUCCGAAUCCUAGAGACAUCAAUAUAAUCUUAUCCAACCAUUCUAAACUUGCCUAUAUUUGUAAUCAGAAUAUACAUUCUGCACAUGCUUUUAAAUUGUUAUCAUGUAUUAAGAGCAUUCUAAACAAUACGGGCUAUCCUGAUAUUGGCUUAAUCAGGCGACAAUAAAUUGCAAAGGUAUCAGCAGUGGUCAACUUCUCUAAAUGGAUCCCUAAAAGGCAUAGGCUAUAUAGUUUAUUGUUCCUUCUCAUGAGAAGGAACACUUAUGGUGAACAUGUCACACUUGACUGAGCAGGUAAUGGAUACAAGGGUAUCAUCAAAGGCAUCCGAAUUCCAGUAGGCGCCGCCAUUUUGUACUCAUGCAUAUUCAUUACAAAUAGCCUCUUUGCCAAUGUGUUUUUACGCAUCUUUAAGUUAAUCUUUAGUGAAAUACAACUACGUAAUAAACAGACAUACAAAAACAAUAAUUUAGUUUAAACUAUCUAACUCCUAAAUCUUACAUGUCAUAUUGUAGAAUCGAGAUUAACUAAAUGAAUAUUCAUCAUCUAAAAAUAGACUCCCGCCUAAAAUAUCGUCUACUAUUAUUCUUCUCGGUUUCAUUCUUUGCUGCUUCCAAAGGUUUUUUACGAUUUUAUUUCAUACCAACUUUAAUAUUUUAACAUUUUAAGUAUAACCAUCAAAACAUACUGUACUAAUAAAGUUAUUCGAGAUUUUUUACUUGUCUAUGAAUGCUAUUGCACGAUACGUACCGUCACCGGAUAACAACAUUUCAAUUACUUCCCUUGUUUUUAUCUAGAAUUGCAUGUAUAAUGCAUUUCUUCACUUUACUGAGCUAUAAAUAUUUCGAUCUUGGUAAUUUCAUACCUUUUGAUUAAUUGUUUUGUAAUGGUCAAGUUGUGAACUUUUUAUACGCACUUUUUUAAAUCCAUCAGUUUGUUGGUGCCGACUUAUAUAAAAGCCUUUUUUCUCCUAGUUUAGUCGUUCUGGAGCUGUAAGUAUCCAUUCAUGCAAUGCAUUUACUGGUAUAUGGCAGAACUAUUUUUCCAUUGUAUUGCUAAUUAAAAUUAGGCAAACAUACGACCAAAUUCUGAUCUGUGCCACUAGGACAGCUGUCGAUAUUGGUUCCCUAAAUUUUGACAGAGUGAUGGUAUUUAUUGUCCGCUAAUAAUAUUUAGGUAGGAUCGCUCAUCUAAAGGUGUUUGUUUAUUAUUUUAAGUUAAAUAAAUGUUUGUGUGAAAUAACUUUAAGUAUUCUUAAAAUAAAUAGAUAAGAAUGCACGAAAACUAGCAAAAAACAUAGUUCAUAAUUAUUUUAUUAAAGAUCCCUUAAAAAGAAUAUUUAAUGUGCGCUAGAAGGAACCUUUUGGUAAGCUAAAUCUUGUUUAAAGAUAACAUUCUGAUGGAAAGCUAUUUGUUGUUGCCUUGCUCACUCCGACUUAGUCGCCUGCAUUUCAAAACAGGGAAACCGUCGAUUUCCGGUGGAAACGCGCGCUUGCGACAAUCUUUUGUUGCACAUGAAGAGCAAAAGUGCCCACAGUGUCAACUUAACGACAUUGGGGAUGAAAUGCAUUACUGUUAAUUUGUCCUUUCUUUAAAACUCUUAGGAAUAAAUAUAUCCCUCGUCGAUUUUCUCAUGGACCAAAUAUCCUGAAAUGCAAAGAAUUGAUGACGUGCAAAAACUGAAACAGUUAUUCAUGCUAAUUUGUUAAAAAUGUAAUGCGAGAACUGAAGUAAUUUCCUAUUUGUAUACAUACCUUUCUUAAACUGUGCCCAUGAUGUACCAAAUGAAAUUAAUAAGAUUUUACUUAAUAGUGUAAGUUCGGAAUUCCGAAUUCUUGUUCGUUUUAUAUCAUUUAAGGAAAGAGAAUAAAGUACCUUCCGAAAUCUUAAUCCAUUUUUAUAUCAGUGUAAAGAAAAUGUUUUUUCGAACUUAUUUUGUUAUUCCAAUGUACGGUAAACACACCUCCGUAGUAGCCUCCAUUCAUAAACUGUACAUGUGGAUUCCGUGAUCCUCGUGCGCCCUACGAACUCGUCCAAUCAAAUCUGAGUACAUACAAACCUAGAUACUUCGUUAGUACACAAAAAAAAUAACGUGCCUUAUUACAUACACGUUUCUAUUCUCCGUUAAGUUACACUGGUACCGGAAACGUCAAUAUUUUUCCAUACACUAACGCCUGAAUUUCAUAUCGGGUGUGUGACGUAAUUUAGUGUUUGUUUUUGCACUAUUUUUUCUAUUUAGUUCAGUAUUUUCAAUCCUAUUCAGGCUAUUGAACAAAUUUAUGAUAUUUACCUUAUCAUAGAUGAGAUAUGCACUCGUUCUUCUGCGCAAGAAUAUUGCAAUAGCGCAAUAUUUCCGCUGAGAACUCGUGCACAUUUCCCGAUACAAAGCUAAUAACCUAUAAAUAUAAUUUAGAGCAAUGUUUCUCAACUUCUAUUUUUGUUUUUGCUUUUUGUUCUUUUUCGAUAUUGAAACCUGACAUUAUAUUAUUGAUAGUCUUCAUCUUAUGAUAUCAAUUUCUCUAUUUAAAAUGUGUGUUUGUUUUGAUCACUUCUCCGUAUGAACUUUACCAUUUAUGUGUACGUAUUUGUUCACAUGUAUUUACACCAUGUGUACUCUGACUCUGAAUAAAAGUAUUGACUUAACUUGAGUACUUCAAGCAGUCAACAUGUUUCAACUUAUGUCUUCUAUUUGAAGACUUUUUGCCCCGAAAAGAUUGACAUAUUCUAGAGUCGUAGAAGAAGUAGUAACAGUAGCGGCCAAAAUGUAUUGUAAUUGUAUGAUACGUAUGCAAAUGUUAAAUACAUGUACUGAUGUGUAAUUAUAAAACAUACAUAAUACAUUCACUACAUUUACAGUUUUUCAAGUUAUGUUUUUAUUUCUUUUCAACAUUAAAAUGAAUGAUGAGGUGUA